UUCUCUCUUUGUUGUUAGAACUCUUUCACUUCCUUCAUAGCCUUUUUUGUUCGAUCGAAACUCAUAACCAUUCACCAAUGGAAAGUCGAGAUAAAACCUUAGGAUCCAAUGCUACCAAAAGGGGCACCUCAAGAAGCAAGAAAGCCGGUCUCCAAUUCCCUGUUGGUCGUGUUGCUCGAUUCCUCAAAGCUGGCAAGUAUGCUGAGCGCAUCGGCUCUGGUGCCCCUGUAUACCUUGCCUCUGUUCUUGAAUAUCUUGCAGCUGAGGUUUUGGAGCUGGCUGGAAAUGCUGCAAUGGACAACAAGAAGACUCGAAUUAUGCCUCGACAUAUCCAAUUGGCAGUGGGGAACGAUGAAGAGUUAAGCAAGCUUCUCGGAAAUGUGACCAUCCCCAAUGGGGGUGUGACGCCUAAUAUUAAUAGCAUGUUGUUGCCCAAGGCUGGGACCUCAAAGAGUGUUGGGACCUCAAAGGUUGCUAGUGUUGAUGAUGACUUUUAAAUGUUUUUUUCCUACCUAGUUUGACCUGUUUCCCUUUUUUGCUUAUCAGUAUUGAACAAGGUUUGAUCCUUGUGCUAUGUAGUUGCAAUUUAUCUUCUGUUAAUGAUUUAAAUAUAAGGAUAAUCAAGUUGUUUCUUUUCAAAA